UUUUUGACGCUGCUUCCGACAGUUCAUCCAUUACUGCGGCUCCAGUCGCUGCUCUUUAAACACGUUUUCGGUCCUGUUUUAAACACAGCAGCUGAAUGAAUGUACCAGUGAUGAUCUAAAGCGGAUUUAAACCAGAGAUUGUUGCAGGAUUUCGCUUUAAUUCAGUUCAUUUAGAGCAGCUGCGUCCUGCUGUGAUGCAUUCACUGUCUCAGGAGAUCCAGGGAUUCUCCAAGCAGCGUCUGAAGAAGCAGAGCACGCGGGUUACCACGGUGACGGGCAGGAGGUUUCUGGAGAGGAGGAGUGAUGGAGGAGAAGGAGGAGAAGCGGUGGAGCAGGUGGAGGAGCUGCAGGAGGACGGAGGAGGAUGUGGGUUUGUAGAAGAUACCAGCCUGGACCUCCAGGUCGGCGUAGUCAGACCGUUUCUACUGCUGGCCUCUCAGGACGCCGCCCACGACCUGGACACCCUGCAGAGGUUUAAGGUGUCUCAUGUGCUGAACGUGGCCUACGGAGUCUCCAACCUGCUCCCAGAUCAGCUGGUCUACAAGACGCUGCAGAUCCUCGACCUCCCCGACACUGACAUCACCUCGUACCUGGAAGAGUGCAGCUGCUUCAUAGAUGAGGCCAGAGAUCAGGACGGUGUGGUUCUGGUCCACUGUAAUGCCGGAGUGUCCCGUUCUUCCUCCAUCGUGAUUGGAUACCUGAUGCUGAGGGAGGAGCUUUCCUUUGAUGAUGCGUACGACCAGGUGAAGCAGGCGAGGCCGUCGAUUCGUCCAAACCCCGGAUUCUACCAACAGCUACAGAACUACAAACCUUAAAGGACUACAAAGCCUUUUUUAUUUACCUUAAACCAACAAGCCAACACAUAAAUCAAUAAUGUUCUUUAAAGAGCUGUAUGUAAGACUGUAAUACUAUUUACUUGUAUACUGAAAUAAACUACUGUUAAACUGAA